AGCUGCUUGAGCUCGAGCCCGCAGCGCAGUCAAGCUUGCGUUAUCAGAGCCUGUUCGGCGGCGUAGACUUGAACCGAUGACACUCAGAGCGGUCCACGUGCCAGUGGCAGUCCUGCUAGCGAGCAUCACCGCGGCGCUCCACGGUUGCGGCACUGAUUCGGGACAAGUGGCGCUCCGACUGUCAACAGACGCCCCGACUGAGGCGCCAACUGGAUCUCCGACUGUGGCACCUUCUGUGGCGCCCAUUCGGGCGCCAUCUGUCGCGCCAACGCAGGCACCGGAGUCGACGGACGCUCCGACUGAGGCGCCGACAGGAUCCCCGAUUGCCGCACCUUCUGUGGCGCCCAUUCGGGCGCCAUCUGUCGCGCCAACGCAGGCACCGGAGUCGGCGGCCGAGCUCUGCACUGUGGGUUGCUCCAAUUGCGCAGCGGUCCAGGAUAACAUCCGGGACGAAGCCAUCACGGAUGACGAGUGUGCCGCUUGCGUCGGAACAUCGCAGUCGUGGUGGCCAUGUUAUUUAGACGGUGUUUGGAGCAGCGACCUCUGCCAGUGUGCAGAUGGAGUGCCCGCCUCGACGCCUGCUACCCCCACGCCCAUCACGGCGGGUCUCUCCACGCCGUUGCCCACUUUGUCGCCAACGACGGGCGGUGGUGUCUGCACUGCGGUCGGGCCUUCGUGCGACUUCACCCCGGGGGAAGGCAUCUCGAGCUGGUUCACACGGGAUCUCUUCGACGAAAUGUUUCCGAACAUCUGCAGCUCCUCGUGCAGAGGUUGCGAGAUGUUGCAAUACGAGUGUUUAAUCAAGGCCACUCUGCUGUAUCCAGAUUUUGCCACCUCGUCCAGCGAAGGAGAUAACAAGCGCGAGUUGGCUGCAUGGCUCGGAGAGAUGUCGCAGGAGACGACGGGUGGCGGCUGUCUGCUGUCGCAGGAGAACGAGGACGGCACAUGCUCUUGCGGCCCCAUGUGGUGCGACGAUUCGCCUGGAGGCGGCUGCGCCGCCUGGGGUCUCUGCUUCGUUGAAGAGGCGGCAGGAAACACGUAUUGUUCCGCGAGCUCCGAGUACCCUUGCACGGCUGGGAAGGAGUACACUGGGCGUGGCCCCAAGCAGUUGUCUUGGAAUUACAACUAUGGCCAGUUUAGCGAACAAUUCUGCGGCGACAAGAGUGUGUUGUUGGAGAAUCCCGACUGGGUGGCUUCCAACCCCACGCUGGCUUGGGCAUCGUCCAUGUGGUUUUGGUUCACGGGAGGCGCUUGCCUCCCAGGAGACAGUUGCAAGCCCAGUUGCCACGACGUCUUCUUGGGGAAAAAUGAGAUGUGCGCCAGCGACACCAGCGCGGGCCGCCAAUACGGGCUUGGUUGGGCAACUAAUGUCAUCAACGGAGGGCUCGAGUGUGGGGGCGCUGGCCUGGGUAAGUGUGAUUAUCGCGUGCACAGCCGUGUCAGGUUCUACAAACAUUUCUGCGACAUCCUCGACGUGAGCCCGCUAGCGGAUGGAUGGACAGAGGAUGACAAUUUGUUUUGCGAGGACCAGAGUAAUUACGUUUCGUCCCCGCCGUUGGCAUGUUGAUUCAGUGCAGUGAGUGUUGGAAUGUGCCUCGUCCGGGGUUGGACGCUCGUGAGUGAUCGAAGCAGCUAUCCCAAGCACUGCCAGUCUCUGCUCUUGCGCGAGCUGCCCUUUCGUUACAGCCGGACCGAGAUAUAAGAUCGAGGUCGGUUCGGGGAGGGCACCCUAAUGUUCUUCGUGUUUGUUGGAUGGUCUUGUGCAUCCUGGGGGAGGGUCGGCGGAGGGCCUCGUGUUCUUGAAGGAUGUUCUUCUGUCGUAGGUCCGAUGGUAGCCAAGUCGCAAGCAUGUGCGUGAUGAUCUCAGGCGCAACGCCUCUGCUGGGGGCACAUCAUUUGCGAAUACCAAAUCCAGCACUGAUUGCAUCAUCGCCUCCUACCUGGCUGGACAAAGUUUGGCUGGGCAAGGUAAACAAAUGUUGGGUGGAUGGUGUAGGCGUACCGUUCUUAUGUAUUUCAGCCGCGUGGGUCCGCUUCGGUAGUUCGGCGUGGCCAACGUGCCAUCACGAUUUUCGAUUUAUGUUGGGAGCCACAAGCGCUGCUCUGUGCGGAAUUCCGCACACUGACUCGAACGCUGACAUCGCGUUGCGACUACAUAUCGUCGCCAGUGUCAAUAUUGUCA